AUGGAUGUGGGAGCCGGGGAGUUUGAGGAGAAGUUGCCGGAGCUGCAGGAGCUCAUCCUCCGCUGCGACUUUGUCGGCAUUGACAUGGAGUUCACAGGUUUGCAUUCUACCUUUCCACCCAGUAAUCAGCACAGCCUCUUUGAUUCACCGGCUGAGCGCUAUCAAAAAGCCAGAAAGAGCGUCCAGCAAUUUACAGUGAGUCAGCUUGGUUUGUCAAUAUUUUCCAAUGAAAAAUCCAAGUAUGUGGUUCAUUCCUAUAACUUUUUUCUCCUUCCCAUGACAUUUGGCCAAAUGGAUUCUGAGGUCUGUUUCCAAACAUCUAGCAUUCAGUUCUUGUCUCACUAUGGUUUUGACUACAACAAGUUUCUUAAAGAUGGAAUCCCAUACAUGAAUGAAGCACAAGAGAAGAAACUUCAGCAACAACUUUUGCCCGGGAGCUGGAUGGUCCACAGUGCCUUUGAAAAGAACAAGCUGAAAAAAGUGAUUGAUGAAGUAACUUGCUGGGUGUCAUCAGCAGAAGUGAAAGAUUCUAUGGUACUGCGCGAUAUAUAUGGCUUCCAGGUGUUUGAAAUACAGCUGAUUCUAAGACGAGCUAUUCAAGAUAUUUGGACGAUUCCUUUAGAAGGUCAAGAAUUGAUGGUGAAGAAGAUAAGUCCACAGCAUCGCUGGCAGCUGGAAAAUACUUCUUACGAUUCUUGUCGGAGAGAGCGAAUUCUGUUCUCUGCAAGGGGUUUCACCAACCUUUUCCACACACUAGUUAAAGCAAAGAAGCCACUGGUGGGACACAAUAUGCUGAUGGAUCUUCUGCAUCUGCAUGAGAACUUUUACAAGCCCCUCCCUGAAAACUACGAGGAAUUUAAAAAGAACAUACAUGCCUUGUUUCCUGUUGUCAUGGACACAAAGAACAUAGUAAAGGCCACCUGGAAGGAGUUCCAGUUUCCUCAAGCUGAUAAUCUUUUGGAGGUUUAUAAAGUACUGAACAGCAGUGACAUGAAUCCCACAAACCAGCCUUGUCCAGAGAUCUUUUAUGCAAGCGACUGCCUCAGAUACGCUACAAAGGAGUCUCCGCACGAGGCGGCCUAUGAUGCAUUUCUCUGCGGAUCAGUUCUUCUGAAAGUAGCCCAUUUGCUUCUUGACAGAAUGUCUUGUGAUCCAACAAGGACUACUCCCUCAUUUUCUCAGUACCUUGAUGUAUUGGCUGCAUAUGUGAAUCAAGUGAACGUUAUCCGAGCUGGUGUUCGGAAAAUAAAUUUUUCCGGUAUGGAUGACCCUAUAAAGCUUCCACCACGCCUUAUCAUUAAUGUGCGAGGAUGGCCUGGGGUUGAUGAAGAGCAGAUCUAUCGGGAGUUUAAAAUCUUCUGCAGAUUCGAUGUGCGACGGCUAAAGAGGAACCAGUUUCUCUUACUCUCCAAUAAUUUUAAAAAUGUCAGAAUGGUUUUGAGAGAAUAUAAAGCUCAUCCCAACGUGCAGAUUUCCCCAUACCACCACUGGAGGCAUUCUCCGCAAGUGAAUUUCUUCCUUCAAAUUUGUGGUGUUGUGACCUCUUGGUCUUUGCUGGCAUUCUUCCUUGGAGGAUCUUCAUAA